CAUACUUUUAUUUUAAUUCUUGAGGUUAUCAUUCCUCAGAAGAAAGGCAAGAAAGCUACCACAACUCCAGCAAAGAAGGUGAUGGUUUCUCCAACAAAAAAGGUUGCAGUUGCCACACCGGCCAAGAAAGCAGUUGUUACCCCUGGAAAAAAGGCAGCAGCUACGCCAGCCCCUGGAAAAAAGGCAGCAGUUACGCCAGCCAAAGCAGUAGCAACACCUGGCAAGAAGGGAGCCACACCAGGCAAAGCAUUGGUUGCAACUCCUGGUAAGAAGGGAGCAGCCACCCCAGCCAAGGGAGCAAAGAAUGGCAAAAAUGCCAAGAAGGAAGACAGUGAUGAGGAAGAUGAUGACAGUGAAGAGGAGGAUGAGGAUGAAGAGGAGGAGGAUGAAGAUGAGGAUGAAUUUGAGCCAGCAGUGAUGAAAGCAGCAGCUGCUGCUCCUGCCUCAGAUGAUGACGAGGAUGAGGACGACGAUGAUGAUGAAGAUGACGACGACGAUGAGGACGAUGACGAAGAAGAUGACUCUGAAGAAGAACCUAUGGAAAUUACACCAGCCAAAGGCAAGAAAACCCCUGCAAAGGCUGUUCCUGUGAAGGCCAAGAGCACUGCUGAGGAUGAAGAUGAAGAGGAGGAUGAUGAAGAUGACGAGGAGGAGGAGGAGGAGGAUGAUGAGGAAGAGGAGGAGGAAGAGGAGGAGGAGGAAGAGCCUGUCAAAGAAGCUCCUGGAAAACGAAAGAAGGAAAUGGCCAAACAGAAAGCAGCUCCCGAAGCCAAGAAACAGAAAGUGGAAGCCACGGAACCAACUACAGCUUUCAAUCUCUUUGUUGGAAACCUGAACUUCAACAAAUCUGCUCCUGAAUUAAAAACCGGUAUCAGUGACGUUUUUGCUAAAAACGAUCUCGCUGUUGUGGAUGUCAGAAUUGGUGUGUCUAGGAAGUUUGGCUAUGUGGAUUUUGAAUCUGCUGAAGACCUGGAAAAAGCCUUGGAACUCACUGGUUUAAAAGUCUUUGGCAAUGAAAUCAAACUAGAAAAACCAAAGGGAAAAGACAGUAAAAAAGAUCGAGAUGCAAGAACACUUUUGGCUAAAAAUCUGCCUUAUAAAGUUACUCAGGAUGAAUUAAAAGAAGUGUUUGAAGAUGCUAUGGAGAUCAGAUUAGUCAGCAAGGAUGGAAAGAGUAAAGGGAUUGCUUAUAUAGAAUUUAAAACGGAAGCCGAUGCAGAGAAAACGUUGGAAGAAAAGCAGGGAACAGAGAUAGAUGGACGAUCUAUUUCCUUGUACUAUACCGGAGAGAAAGGUCAAAGUCAAGACUAUAGAGGUGGAAAGAAUAGCACUUGGAGUGGUGAAUCAAAAACUCUGGUUUUAAGCAACCUCUCCUACAGCGCAACAGAAGAAACUCUUCAGGAAGUAUUUGAGAAGGCAACUUUUAUCAAAGUGCCCCAGAACCAAAAUGGCAAAUCUAAAGGGUAUGCAUUUAUAGAGUUUGCUUCAUUUGAAGAUGCUAAAGAAGCUUUAAAUUCCUGUAAUAAAAGAGAAAUUGAGGGCAGAGCAAUCAGGCUGGAGUUGCAAGGACCCAGGGGAUCACCUAAUGCAAGAAGCCAGCCAUCCAAGACUCUGUUUGUCAAAGGUCUGUCUGAGGAGACUACAGAAGAGACAUUAAAGGAGUCCUUUGACGGCUCUGUUCGGGCAAGGAUAGUCACGGACCGGGAGACUGGAUCUUCCAAAGGGUAAGAUGCAGGAAAUAGGUGUUCAGUGUCUGCCCAGCAAAGACCUCCCGCCUCAUGUGUCUUCUCAUUGAGCUCCUUUCUGUCGCUCCAUGGCAGUUUAUGGAUUCGCACGAGAAGAAGAGACAGUUCACAGAGCUAGCAUUGUUUUGCCUUCUGUCUUCACAGAGGGAGAUUCUGCUGUUCUGUGAGACAUUCUCUGGU